ACUGCCCCAAACACACAUUCAAUCGCCUUCCACCAUCAGAAAGCCAUUGAAGACCUGCAACAUAUUUCUUUUGUUUAACAGACAAGAUGGGCACGCCUGUAGCUGCAUUUCUGUCAAUUGUCGUAGCCGCUGCAACGUUGGCAAUGCCCUGCUUGGCUGCGCAUUUCACAGUAGGUGACGCCAACGGGUGGGAUCUUACCACCAAUUUCGGCGACUGGCUUGACGGAAAAAAAUUCCACGUCGGCGACACCCUGGGUUUUAAGUACACGUCGACGCACAACGUGGUGGAAGUGAGUAAGGCAGACUACGCGGCCUGCCAAGCUGGCAAUGCCCUGAAAACAUACACGGACGGUCAAACGACUGUUCCAUUGAAAACCGCGGGCAAAAUGUACUUCAUCUGCGGUGUGCCCGGUCACUGCGCUGGUGGAAUGAAGGUCGGCAUCACUGUCAAGGCAGCCGCUAGCGGUGCCGCUGCCCCCAGCCCCACGCCUCUCGCCAAGGCACCCGCCGCCACCGCCAAGUCUCCCGCCGCCACGGACACCUCCUCCGAGCCUGCACAUUCCAGCGAUACUACGAGUGCCGCCGCCGCUUUUUCUGCUGCCCAUAUCGGUUUGGCUUUUGCGGCUGCCGUUGCGGCGGCGGGGUUUGUGUUGUUGUAAUUGUUUUGAUCGUCGCCAGGGAAGAGCCAGUGCCCUAAAUUUAGCAUUUGGUGAUGGAAAUUGCUUGAAAUUUGGCUUCUGCAUUUUUUGUUAGGUUUUGUCUGUGAGUUUCCAUGGUUCGAAUUCGUUUCAUCUUUUUGUUUCGAAAGGGAGAAUUUGUUUUCCAUGGUGUCCGUUCUGUGUAUGUUAACCUUGUGAACUUCGGCAUUCCGUUUUCAACCAAAAAAUGCAUAAGAUAUGGAGAGGAUUUAUGUAUCAA